AUGGAUAAUAUGGAAAACCUCAAAAUGGUGAGCAGCAAGGGUCAAACUUUGGAUGUUGUCUUCGCAGUGCUUCAUGACGAUUACGAUAAGCCCUAUAAUGACAACAUCGCACUAAUUCGUGUCGCCGGGGAUAUCGAGUUCAACGAAAAAAUUCGUCCUGUUGCUCUUCCCACUGAUGGACACGCUGAUUAUAAUAGAUUAGGAGAAAUUGUCGGAUGGUUCACUGUGAAAGCCGAUUUGUCCGUCAACAAUCAACUCCAGAGUGUUAAUCUGCCAAUAAUCUCAAACGAUCAAUGCGCAAAGUAUCGGGACAUUACUGAUAAACACAUCUGCGUUCAUGACGAGGCUCUUGGCGACUUCUGUCAUGAGGAUAUUGGUGCUCCUCUGAUUGUUGAUGAUCUUCUCGUUGGAAUCGAGUCGUAUGUCGCACCCUGCGCUGGAGGAUUACCCGAUGUUUUCACUCGUAUUUAUAGUUACCGGCAAUGGAUCGAUAAAAUUAUCAGGAAGUUCGAGAUGCAGCUAAUAUCCCUGAUUAAAUUCCCCCAGAUCAGAGACAAUCUUUUGCUGAGCGACAAACUCCAUGAGAUCGAUCUCCCAAUUAUUUCUAAUGAGGAGUGCAAAAAGGAUCGGCGUGGGUAUAUCACUGAAAAACAUGUUUGUACUUAUUUUAAUAGCACCGCGGGCCUCUGCUUCGAGGACAUAGGGGGGCCCCUGAUUUUUGAAGGAGCACAACUCGGAAUUGCGUCGUACGCUAUUCCCUGUAGCCUCGAUUGGCCAGAUGUUUACACGAGGAUUUCUGGAUAUCUUCAAUGGAUUAUCGAUCACGUCGGAACUGUCAGAACUACCUCCACAUGAAGUGAAGACCCAUGUGAAAAUUCGAUUGAAACUGAAGGGAACAUUGGUGUGAGCAUCUAAUGAAUUGAAUGAUUUCCAUUUAUCUUCUUUACGAUAAGAUCAAUAAAAGUCAAAUCGUGGGAAGAGUUUUUUGGUCAA